AUGUUCGUCGCAGCAAAACUCCUCAAAGUGGGCUAUGACCACGCAAAAAAGCGCAAGGCCAACAAAGAGGCCCAGUUCCAACAGCCUCAUCCAAAUUACACCUAUCCAAACCCCUACCCAAUGUCUGAAUACCCACCUGGCGUAACGCCAGGCACAAACACUCAAUACAUCGCCCCCGAACCACCAGCACCACCUAUGAGCAAAGGAGCAAAGUUCGUCUCGAUGAUGAUCUCCAUCCUACGCUUCCUGCAAUUUGUCUUUGGUCUCACUGUUAUCGGCCUCUACGGGAGAUGUGUGCACCAUGACCACAAAUAUCACGAUACGUACCACUCGAAGUGGGUGUUUGCGCUUGUCGUAGGAUUCCUCGCGACGAGCACUGCGGCUUUCCAUAUGAUUUUGCCGUUCAUCAAGAAGCGAGUGAAUAACUCGAGCAAUCCGAAGUUGCAUCUGCCGCAGUUUGUGUGGGAGGCUGUGCUUUGUAUUAUCUGGUUGACGGUUUUCGGCAUCUUCGGGAAGAUGUAUAUUGGGGUUUAUCCUACCGAUAGCAGCAGCAGCAAGAGGGAUUCGACAUCCAGCCCUAGCUCUAGCUCUAGCUCCAGCUCUAGUGACAGUUCUACUUCGGUGCUGGGAGAUGCGUCGAAGAUUAAUCGCAUGCGGCAUGCUGUUUGGAUUGAUCUUGUGAACUUGUUGAUGUGGGUUUUUACUGCGUCUUGGGUGUUGCUUCGUUGGCUUAAGGGUCGACGGGCUGCUAUGGCUGAUGAUCUUGAUGCCGAGAAGGGAUCUCAAAUUUAA